CAAAGAAGGAAAGAUUAUUACAUUUGCUUCUGGGCUGGGUGGCGACUCCGCUCCCGCACUCGGCUCCGUCAAUCAUGUACUCCUAUCUUGCUGUCCCCGUCUCCUUGCCGGCGGCUCAUCUCUUCCUCCUCCGCCCCUCCUCCCUUCUCCGCUCCACGCCGCCGCCGUGGAGGUCAAAGAGGAGGUCCAUCGCCGCCGUUUCCGUCCAAGGCGGCGACGACGACGACGAGAGCUUCUUCACCGUCGACUUGGACCCGGACGACUACGCCGAAUCCGACGACGACGACGACUCUCCCUGGGAGGGCGCGCUCGUCUACCGUCGCGACGCCGCCGUCCACCACCUCGAGUACGCCUCCACUCUCGAGCGCCUCGGCCUCGGCGACCUCUCCUCCCACCACUCCCGCGCGCGUGCCGCCGCCAUGGGGCUCGGGACGCUGGACCAGCCCCAGCCCCAGCCCCAGACCACCCCCGUCCUCGUCUCCCUCGACGUCGCCCGCCGCCGGGGCCGCCUGCGCCUCGACGGCAUCGUGCGCACCGUCAUCACCCUCGGCUGCUUCAGGUGUGCUGAGCCAGCCCCCCAAGCUAUAUUUGCCAAUUUUUCCUUGUUAUUGACAGAGGAGCCGGUAGAUGAACCCGACCUAGUUGAUCUAGGUACCAUAUAUGAAGAAGACAUUGCUAACGGCGCUUCGUUAACUGGCACCCUGGACGAAGACGACCAAGACGUCGACUGGGAUGAUCGGCUGCACUUCCCAGCAGGUGACAAGGAAAUUGACAUCUCCAAGCACAUCCGGGACAUCAUUCACCUAGAGAUAACCAUGGAUGCAGUCUGCAGCCCCAGUUGCAAAGGCCUGUGCCUUGCCUGUGGCACAAACCUCAACACCAGCAGUUGCAACUGCAGCAACGAGAAGCAACAGCAGCCCAAGAACGUGAAAGGUCGAGGACCUCUCAAAGAGCUGUUGAAACCAAUCCAGAAAAGAUGAUACAAACACCACAUGUUGUCGUAGGUGAUGACUGAUGAGUUUGUACAACUAGCUAGCAGCCAGCGUUGUUGUAUACCCAGUUACUGCAUACCUUGAAGGGAAUCGUGUCAAGUGCAUCUCCUAGUAACUAGGAGUGUUGAUGGGCAACAGAUGGAUGAGAUCCUUGCAAAGUUCUACUCGGAUCUUUGUGUGGGAAGACACCAAUUGGAUUCUCUACCUAUCAGCGAUUAGAUAUUUAAAAAAACUACAAAUCUGGAUGCAAGAAACAAGAAUAGAAUGCCAUGUAUGUUGUACCAGUAAUCUCUUUCCAUCUUCUGCACCAAAGAACAAAUACAAGUAGAGUAUGAUGUAUCUGUUUGGUCUCGUGUCAACUAACAAUACAAGAUGGGGGUACAACACGGCGAUUUAGGAA